AUGGAUAAAGGAAAAAAAAAUCAGUCGCGUAAUGGUAAUCGCCUGCAAGAACCACCCGCUAUUAUUAAGCCUCCCAAGAAACCGAACCAAGAAUUCAAACGACAUGGGUUACUUGGAGAGGGAGGGUUUGGAAGAUGUUAUGAGGUAGAGGACAAGGAAGGAAGGCUUCUUGCCGUAAAAGCUGUGGCAAAGUCUACGUUGCGAAAUGCUAAAAACAAAGACAAGGUACUUUGCGAAUUACUCAAUGUAAACAAUCUGCGUUGGAAUUUAUGGUGGAAUAAAAAUUCUUUCGGGGUGGACCUUCUCAGCGAGAUUCAAAUUCACAAAGUCAUGGAUCAUCCUCAUAUAGUCAAAUUCUAUGAUUGUUGUGAAGACGCUUCUUUUGUAUACAUGAUCAUGGAACUUUGUGAAAACAAGACUCUAGCCUAUAUGAAUAAAAAGAGGCGGAGAUUGACCGAAGCAGAAGUCCGUUAUUUCAUGCGUCAACUUUUAGACGCGUGCGAAUACAUGCACCGGAAUUUUGUAAUUCACCGUGAUCUCAAAUUGGCAAAUCUCUUCUUGUCCAGAGAUAUGAAAAUUAAAAUUGGAGAUUUUGGCCUGGCAGCGCGACUGGAACAAGAAGGCGAAAGGAAAAAAACGAUAUGUGGUACGCCGAAUUACAUCGCACCGGAAGUUUUGUUCGAUCAACUUAACGGACACAGUUUUGAGGCAGAUGUACACGUUAUUAUUCGGAAAGCCACCGUUUCAGACAGAUGGAGAAGUCAGCCAAAUAUACAAGUUAGGUUCACUUUAAACACAUGUAGGAAUAACUUCAUUAUUGCAAAUUUACGACAGUUCAACCCUUAUUGUCAAUAUUUCAGGAGAAUCAAAGAAUUGAAGUACAGUUUUCCGGAACAAAUAACGGACGUCUCUCAAGAGGCAAAGAAAUUGAUUAACUUGAUGCUGACGUUGGAUCCUGAUAAACGACCAACUAUUCAGCAAAUUUUGGAUCAUGAAUUCUUCAAAUUGGGGAUAACCCCAACGGAGAUUCCGAUGUCUGCGUUAAAUAUAGCACCCAGCUUUGAUCAACCGAUUCUUAUGAAGCCUCGUAUUAAUUACUCACUGGCCAAUAGACGACCGCUGACUGUCAUCCAGGUUGGCACUAACUUUAAUGCUUUGACUAAGAUGACACCGAAUACGGUUUCACCAACAGAAAAUCCACGCAUCACCAAUAGUGAAUCACCAGGUAGACCACGUGUUGGAGUAUUCGAAUCCUUUUACUCCACUCUCGUGUCGGCGUUCGAGGAUACGAAGAACGGAAAGGCGAUUUCUUAUGAGAAUCAUUCACCCACCACUCCGCGGGUAUUUAUCAGUAAAUGGAUGGAUUAUUCAAAUAAAUAUGGAUUGGGAUACCAGUUGACUGAUGGAUCGGUCGGCGUUUAUUAUAACGACAAGACCAGCACGAUAAUGUCACCCGAUGGCAUACACUUUGAAUAUAUCUACAAUUCUCGUAAUUCCAACAACUCUGUGUCACCGAGGCGUUAUUUUUACAAGGUGGAUGAGCAUCCAAAAGAGUUGCAUAAGAAAUUACAUUUGCUAAAGAAUUUCCGCAGAUACAUGAAUGAAACCAUUGUAAAGAAUAAUUCUUACAAUUUCGUCGAUCUCGAAAGGACUCAUAACAUGGACUUCCUGACAAAGUUUAAACGUACACCGCAUGCAAUCUUAUUUAGGUUAAGUAAUCGUCUGAUACAGGUAAAUUUCUUUGAUCAUGAAAAAAUCGUGUUGUCGGACGAGGGACGAACCAUAACCUAUAUCAACGAAGCGGGUGGAAUCAAUACUUACACCAUCUUCGAAAUAAUGGGAGGGAAUCACUCGACCAUAAUGAAUCGAUUAAAAUAUGUGAGGGACGUUUUAAAGAAAAUUGUAGAAGCCAGUCACAAGAAUAUUGACAAAUGA